GCGGGGAGCCGAGGGGCCUGGCUGUGUUCUGGCAGGACUUGGGAAAGCAAAAAAAACGGCUGCAAAAACGAGUCUGCCUAAUGCGGGCCGGGGUUGCGCUUUUUCUUUGUUGGGUGGUUGUCCUGGGUUGGUCUUUUGUGGGUUCGGUCUGUGGGCCGGGAGUCUCGGGUAGUGACGUGAUGAUCUGGAAGCGGGGGCAGAAAAUCGGGAUGUGCAGCGACGGGCACAAAAGCAAGGUGUUGUGGAAGUGAUGUGUAUAGUUUGUUAGUACUGGGACCAGCGUGGUUCCUUUGUGUUUUGUUGUCUUCUAGAAGCGUGGAUAAAAACGGGUGUCUGCCAGGCCGUUUUUAGAUCACAACAGAAAUCACCAGGAGCGAAAAAAUGUGAGCCGCUUGUUUGG